CAAGUAUUCACAAUCAAGGACUCCAUAAUAAGAACAUUUAUCGGGGCAAAACAAGCGCAAAAUACUCACGUUUUCGAUGCGACGGCUAGUCGGGCGAAAUGACGUCCUCGACGAGACAAGGACGGCAGAGAGAUUAGUGGAGAGUUCUCGUGCGCAUGCCCCGUGGAGUAAAUUUACUUCCGGUAGCCGUCCUAGUUCUUCCCGUCCUGGUGCCUAUUCUUGCUGCUGUGGGGUUCAAAAUGGCCGCUACGAGACAAACAAUGCGUUGGCUCGUUUUACCUCUAAUUUGCUUUAAGAUUUGAAAGUCUGGUUCAAAAGAUAAUGGCGUGCGCUUUGACUAAGAGAUGUGUCUUCCUCUCCUUCGCUGCUCUUGUUGGCAGCCUAACAAUGUUGACUAUUGGGUUCUAUCCACUGACAAACAGAUAUAACCACAAACAGUUCCUGUCUCUUAGACAAGGCAUUGCAAAUGAACUAAAUGCAAUCGAGCUGGAAAUGGAAAAGUUACUUGUCCAGCAACAAGCACCUUCAGCAAGAUUGGCUCAGCGAUUAGAAGAAAUAGUAAAUCGCUUAGACGACAGACUGCAGCCAGCGAGUAUAACAAGUGAGACAUUCAGCAGCGAUGGUAGCGUGGAUGUGUGUCCAGAGGAGUUCAAGGGGGGUACUUCUCGCAAAGCUACGGGCUGGGCCAUCACUAGCUGUACUAAUGCCAAACCAAUUAGUUCUGUUAUAAGUAUUUUGAUCAACACUGUUGCAUAUCCUAAGGAAGACGAGAACAACAUAGAAAAGGUUUUAAAAGGUAUUACAGAGACCUACCCUACAGUUCAGGUUUACCUGGCAACACGUAGUGACCAAGCGAUAGAGGCUGCCAAAAGGUAUAACAGUAUUGAUGCCUUUAAGGUCGACGAUACGAAGUUGGGUAAAAGAUGGAACAUGUUGAUAAGGAAGGUAUCUACUCCUUAUAUACUCGUUGCAAGAGAUGUUUUUCACUUCACCUGGCUUACCCAACUUGAGAGGCAAAUUCGUGUGGUCAGUCAGAUACCAAAUGUUGGAGUUGCAGGUGGAUCUUACCGUAACUUUUCAGGUCACUGGAAAGCGGGCUGUGUGCAAACUACAAUGAAAAAUUACGUCCUGGAAUACCAGGAAGGCUAUUAUCACUCAAGAAACGAGUGCAUGUUCUGUGAUUAUCUGCAGGGUCCUUUCGUUGCCAAAACAAAGCUGUUGAAGUUUGACGAGAGUCUUCCAAAUGAGGUCAUUUUUGAAGACUGGUUUCUACGUCUUACUGAAGAUGAAAACCUGAUAAUGUCAUGUCCAGACGCUAUGUAUUUCACUGCAGAUUACACUUCGUUUUCCAAAAGAACUAGUAAAACCGUGUGGAAACCUUUAGCUAAGAAGUGGGAGCUUAAUCGGGUGCUAUUGCCCGAGGGGGCGAAGCAUUCCUUCUCCUGUAAGGAUAUUGGUUUCCAAUGCAAAGCUAAUAGCGAGUUACUCCCAGUUUGUUGUCAGGAAGAGUAUGCAAAAGCACUGUCCUUUUUUCAAACGUUUGCUGAUGAACACAAUAUUACAUUCGAGCUUGAUACUGGCUCCGUAUUAGGAAGUGUAAAGUUCAAUGGCCUUCUUCCUUGGGACUUGGACGGAGAUGUUACUCUUUUAUCUUCAGAUGUGGCAAUCUUUGGGAAGAAAGAAACAGUCGAGCAUUUCCGGAGAAAUGGCUUUGAACUAACCAAAUUUAAAUUAACAGAAGGCGGGUAUUUCAAGAUUAAUUUCAAUAGAUUUUACAUCGAGGUGUGGGGCAUGUCGACUGUGACAAAUACUCAAUUUCUCCCCCCAGAGCUACAACAUCACGCAACGUUCACCAAAACAAACAUUCGGGGUAAGUGGAUUGAUACGCCGUUUAGUCCUGGUUUGUAUGCAAGAAAUCGAUAUGGAAAAGAAAUUCUAAGACAUUCCCAAUCCUGGAUGAAAUGGGGAUUACCGAACAGUUUUGCUGACUAUGUUACUGCUGGCAGCUUUGCGUCUUGUAAGAGAUCAAAUCAUCACUCUUGCUUGCAAUUUUUUCCUGCUGAUGGUGACAUUCCGUUUUUGGUAACUUAGCAACCCGUUAUAAAAACGGCGUUGAGUCGGACCAAGGCUUCCUUACUUGAGCAACAAAAAACAACAAUAAAAGGCAAAACAAUCCAGAAUGGAAAUCUCGUUUAGUUGCAGACGACGCACUAUGACUUCGAUAAUUGGCUAGUGGCUGGAACGUGUUUAGAUAUAACACAAAUCACGCGUGAUUGGCUAAAAGUGAGGCAGCGUCCACACUUUGCGGGAGAAAUUUGAAAACGCAGCUUAUUUCUGCGGCUAGGCCAACCGUUCACACUAACCCGUCACGAAAACGGAGCUUUUCCGGAAAGCGUUCAUCAAGCCGAGGAAUUUGAAAACGCCGGCUUCGUGUUUACAUGUGGACGGAAAACAGUUUGAAAAGGAAACUUUUCGAAAACAAUGGCGUCACUGCGAUCAUGUGAUUUGCCUGACCGAGUUUCCCUCGAACAUAAAUUAAAAAUGAGCGGUGAUGGGAGCCUUUUUUGAAUUCCUCCGGCGUAGUGUGAAUGGCAAACAUUUGAUGCGUUUUUAGAGUGAAACCUCCAUUUUUAAAUUCCUCCCGCGUAGUCUGCUGGCCUGGACUUGAGGACCGGACUGGCCACGUACAUUAUGAGCGAUGUUAAUUACAGGCUGGCUGGCAGAAGACGGACUUAAAAAUGUUAAACUAGAGCGAGUGGAGGCAGCGUGGCCGAGUGGUUAGGGCGCGGAAUUGAAAUCCGGAGGUCGCGAGAUCAAGUCCCGUUCUGACCACUUGAUUUUCUCGAUAGCACGUAGUUCAACUCCUCGAUCAUGCCUGUAAAUAGCUAACUGGUCUGCCUCCCGCCAUAUUUGUUUCUUUCAUUGACUUAAAUUAGUUAUUAUAACGAUAGUAGUCAACAGAAAGAUUUAAAUUAAUCUUA